CAAAGGCUCUUUUAAUACCUUUACUCUAUACUCUACUUCUCUACUCUUGAAGAUCCACCAACGGGUGUUGCUUUUUGCCCUGUGGACCGCUUGGCUCUUGUCUGCCAGGGCGGGUGCGCUCGCAUCGGGGGUCGUAAGUUGUGGGUUGGUUGUCUGGCAGAGCAUCCAGCCGGGGAGAUGAGCAGCAAGGGCCGUCUGGGGGACCUGACGGAUCGGGAGCAGGACCAGCUGAAGAUGCGGCGGGACAGCGACACCAAGGCGGCCGAGCUGGUGAAGAUGGAGAAGAUGCUGCAGCAGACCAAGGGCAUGUUUGAGAAGAAGGCGGAAAGCAGCUCGGAGACCAAGAACUACGAGGAGAACAUGGAGGACCUGGAAGAGCGCGUGCGGUCCAGCCGGCGCUUCCGGCGUAACUCACUGCACCACACGCAGAUGCUGGAGAGCGAGAUGAAGACGGUGAAGGUGGAGCUGGUGGGCACGCUGGACCACCUGCAGGAGCUGCGCAACGUGCUGCGCCGCUCCCAGCAGAAGGCCGAGGAGCGCAAGGUGGCCAUGGAGAAGCUGGCCGCGGGGCUCAGGUGAACCGCACGUUCCCCCCGCCGGCUUCCUCCUCCUCCUCCGAUGUCCGUGAUUUAUGUUUACUCUUCGAGUACGCGCUUCAUUCCGGCAUGACGUUGUCGUCACGUCGGAAACGAUAUAUCGCUUCUCCUUCCCUGGUCCCUCUGGGUUUCCCCAUCACCCUUCACCAUGGGCACGUCGCCACACCCGGAGCAGCAAGACAGCGUAAAAACAAAGAGACGCACUGUAUGUUGUUCCCCAGCGUGCUAUAAAUACCCCCUCCGUGAUGCGGCUCCAGGCUGGCUUGUUGCGUUUGUUUUGAUGCAUUUUUUUUUUUAUUGGGCUUUGACUCUUAAGUCUUGUGUGGUGGACUGUUUAAAGUGCUUGUGUAACUAGAUUCAUUGGAAUAGGUUUUGUUAGCGCUAUUUUUUAAAUUGUAUUAUGUAAGGUUCAGUGUCCAGUGGUUGUCUCUUUGGAUAUCGUUCCCCCAACGGUGUAUUACAAGCACAGGUAAAAGUCGGUUUGUUGCAAAUUGUGUUGUCGAUGGUUGAUGAUUGAUUCGUAGACUUUCAGUUGGGAUCGAUCUCCGGAGCAGCUGUUAGCAAACUGAAUGAUGGUAUGCUAGUAAAUUAACUUCAAUAAUAAACAUACAUAAAUGAGUAACAAACAA